AUGGUCCUCCCGGGGACGUGGACCAGGCCAGAGUGGUCACUCCCGGGGAGUGUGGACACAGGCCAGUGGUCCUCCCGGGGGGGUGUGGACCAGGCCAAAUGUGGUCCUCCCGGGGACGUGGACCAGGCCAGAGUGUGGUCCUCCGUGGGGUGUGGACCAGGCCAGUGGUCUCCCGGGGGUGUGGACCAGGCCAGUGGCCCUCCCCGGGGUGUGUACCAGGCAAGUGGUCUCCCGUGGGGUGUGGACCCAGGCCGUCAGAUGCCUCCCAGGUGUGGACCAGGCCAAGUGGUCCUCCCGGUGUGGACCAGGCCAGGUAGUCUCCCAGGGGGUGUGGACCAGGCCAGAGUGGUCACUCCCGGGGGGUGUGGACCAGGCCAGUGGUCCUCCGGUGGGGUGUGGACCAGGCCAGAGUGGUCUCCCGGGGGCGUGGACCCAGGCCAGUGGUCACUCGGGGUGUGGACCAGGGCCAAGUGGUCCUCCCGGGGUGUGGACCAGGCCAGAGUGUGGUCCUCCCGGGGGGAAUGGACCAGGCCAAAUGGUCUCCCGGGGGGUGUGGCCAGGGCAGAGUGGUCUCCCGGGGGCGUGGACCAGGCCAAAUGGUCUCCCAGGGGGUGUGGACCAGGCAGUGGUCCUCGGGGGCGUGGACCAGGCCAGAGUGGUCCUCCCGGGGAGGUGUGGACCAGGCAAAUGUGUUCCUUCCCGGGGUGUGGACCAGGCAAGUGGUCUCCCGGGGUGUGGACCAGGCAAGUGGUCCUCCCCGGUGGGUGUGGGGCCAGGCCCAAAUGGUCUCCCGGGGACGUGGACCAGGCCAGAGUGGUCACUCCCGGUGUGGACCAGGCAAAUGGUCUCGGGGGGGUGGACCAGGCCAGGAUGCUCCCGAGUGUGGACCAGGCCAAGUGUGGUCACUCCCGGGGGUGUGGACUAGGCCAAAUGGUCACUCCCGGGGACGUGGACCAGGCCAAGUGGUCCUCCCGGGGUGUGUGUGGACCAGGCCAAAUGGUCCUCCCGGGGGACGUGGACCAGAGUGUGGACCAGGCCAAGUGGUCUCCAGAGAGGCUGAUUGAGCCAGUGGUCCUCCUCGGUGUGGACCCAGGCCAAGUGGCCUCGGGGGGUGUGGACCAGGCCAAAUGGUCCUCCAGAGUGUGGACACAGGCAAAGUGGUCCUCCAGGGGGGUGUGGACCCAGGCCAGAGUGGCCCUCCCGGGGGGUGUGGACCAGGCCAGUGUGGGGUCACUCCCGGGGAGUGUGGACCAGGCAAAUGUGGUCACUCCCGGGGUGUGGACACAGGCCAAGUGGUCCUCCCGGGUGUGGACCAGGCCAAAUGGUCCUCCCGGGGGUGUGGACCCAGGCCAAGUGGUCCUCCCGGGGAGUGUGGACACAGGCCAAGUGUGGUCCUCUGGGCGUGUGGACCAGGCCAAAUGGUCUCCCGGGGACGUGGACCCAGGCAAGUGGUCUCCCGGGGAACGUGGACCAGGCCAGAGUGGCCUCCCGGGGAAUUAUGGACCAGGCCAGUGGUCCUCCAGGGUGAGUGUGGACCAGGGCAAAUGGUCUCCCGGGGACGUGGACCAGGCAGAGUGUGGAUGUCCUCCCCGGGUGUGUGGACAGGCCAAAUGGUCCUCCCGGGGACGUGGACCAGGCAAGUGGUCCUCCCGGGGGGGUGAGACCAGGCAAGUGGUCCUCGGGGGUGUGGACCAGGCCAGAGCCCUCCCGGGGGAGUGUGGACCAGGCCAGGUGGUCCUCCCGGGGGGGGGGUGUGGACCAGGCCAGUGUGGUCACUCCCAGAGUGUGGACCAGGCAAAUGGUCUCCAGAGGGGUGUGGACCUGGGCCAGAGUGGUCCUCCCGGGGGGGUGUGGACAGGCCAAGUGGCCUCGGGGAGUGUGGACCAGGCAAGUGGUCCUCCCAGAGGUGUGGACCAGGCAAAUGGUCCUCCAGGGGGUGUGGACACAGGCCAGAGUGGUCACUCCCGGAGGUGUGGACCAGGCCAAAUGGUCACUCCAGGGGUGUGGACCAGGCAGUGGUCCUCCCAGGGAGUGUGGACACAGGCAAGUGGUCCUCCCAGGGGCAUGGACCAGGCCAAAUGGUCCUCCAGGGACGUGGACCAGGCCAAGAGUGGUCCUCCCGGGGAACGUGGAUGGGCCAAGUGGGCCUCCAGAGGUGGCAGACCAGGCCAAGUGGUCCUCCCAGGGGGUGUGGACCAGGCCAAAUGGUCUCGGGGGCGUGGACCAGGCCAGAGUGGUCCUCCCGGGGGUGUGGACCAGGCCAAAUGUUGCCUCCCGGGGGGGUGUGGACCAGGCCAGUGUGGGCCUCCCAGGGGUGUGGACCAGGCCAGAGUGGUCCUCCCGGUGGGUGUGGACCAGGGCAAAUGGUCCUCAGGGGACGUGGACCAGGCCCAUGCCAUUCCUCAGGGUGUGUGGACCAGGCCAAAUGGUCAUCCCGGGGACGUGGACCAGUGGAAAUGGUCCUCCGGGGGUGUGGACAGGCCCAAGUGGUCCUCCCAGGGGGUGUGGACCAGGCCAGAGCCCUCCGGGGAUGUGGACCAGGCCAAUUGGGCCUCCCCAUGA